AUGGUUAUUACUUAUAAAUACCACGGAUCCCUUCUUAAUCUUUUCAUCUUGCUGGGACCGCCAUGUUUUCCUGUACUGUUUGUUAAUACAUAUCUUUUGGUUUUUCGUCAGUCGAAUGCCAUUUCUCCAUCUGGGUUUCACAGGAUGUCGGCGGUUGAAACUCCCCGUGGUGAUUCCGACCCUGCGAAUCCGAGCUCCUUGCCAUUUCGCGAUGCUCGUUCAGCUGCUGGGAGCUGCAGCGACAUGUCGGUACUUGAUGAUUCUGACGACCAGUCGUGGCACUCGGUUUUUGACUCCACAGCCUGGGGAUCUCACGGCGAGGGUCAAUUUUCCGGCGAGAUAGAGGGCGUUCUGGACGCUGAAAUGGGUCAUUUCAUCUCUGAGAGCUCGUCGGAGGUGGAUUUGGAGAGCGGGGAUUUGGAGGUGAAGGUGCAUUUGGGGAAGAUCGAAAGGGACUGCAGAAUUUGUCAUUUAGAGCUGGAAAGCAGUGGAGGAAGAGAUAAUUCUGAUACUCCAAUUCAGCUUGGUUGUUGCUGUCGAGGUGAUUUGGGUACUGCCCACAAGCAAUGUGCUGAGACUUGGUUCAAAAUCAAGGGAAACACAAUUUGCGAGAUAUGUGGGGCAACUGCACAAAAUGUGGCAAGUCAACAAAUAAAUGAACCGAGCAAUGCAGUUGCGGCUGCAGUAGCAUCCUCAGCUUUGACAGCACCCCUAACUCUAGUCGAGACACGAACAAUCUUUCACGGUCGACGCAUUAUGAACUUUCUGCUUGCUUGCAUGCUCCUCGCAUUUGCAAUGUCCUGGCUUUUUCAUUUCAAGUUAAUGUCAUAGACUUAGGAAGAAGGAAGAAAAUUAAUGAAGAAAGAAAAAUCUAGAGGCAUUCCAAGUUCUUGAGGCAAUUUGGGUUUUCUUCAGGCCUUUGUAUAUAUAUUUUCACUUCAGUUUGAUUAGUUUAUUUUGAAGGGGUUGGUUUAUUUAGGCAUCUCUCAGUUGUAGUGUAGUGAAUGCAUAGAAAUACGUUUCUCUAAACCUGUGUUGGUUGACAUGAGCAACUACACAAGUACAUAAAUUGUUUGGCAGUCUUUUAAAAAAAAAAGAAAAAAAAAUCUAAUUUUUUAGAUCUAAA